AUGCUCGUGGAACAGUGUGGGGAGUGCAACGACGUGCCAAAUGAGAAGCGCGCCCAGCUUGAAAACGCACGCAGUUUUGCAAAGCAGCAGAGUCCGGCAAAAGCGUUGGUGCAGAUGCGGGUUCCUACCACUUUUGUGCCCGAGACACAGCGGCCGCCCCAUCGACAGAUUGAGAGACAGAGGCCAAACAAGAGACUGCGUGAUGAGAUCGUUUACUCGGACAAAUGCAUCGGCCAAGUUGACGAAUUCCUACGACAGCCGCCCGACGGCGUUCGCAUCAUCCACCAGGAGAACACGCCCAGCAAGAUUCGGAUUCUCUUCGCUUCCCAGGGGCGCUCAGAGACAAUUGUGGCCAACUUGCGCCUCCCUACUCUCUUGAUGGAUUUCACUUUCCGCACAAAUGAGAGGGGCCUGGUUCUCGGCGUGGUGGGGCCCGCGGGACUGCAUCUCGCAUCGCCGUCUUCUUUGCCUCACAUGCGAUUCGUCCCGUACCUAUUUCUUCUCGCAGAUGCAGAGGACGAGGAAGCCCAGCGGCUGUGCGUGAAGGAGUACAUGGCGUUCGCAGACAAGAACGGCUUCCAGGUCACGGACGGUUUCUUUGAUUGCGCCUGCUUCAAAGGCGCUGCCGCGGAACUCGCCGAUCGCCAGGACAUUUUUCUUCACCGCUGCCUCUUCCACACAAGGAACAACAUCAAAGACGAAUCGAGAAAGAAGGACCCGGUUACCGACCACGUGCGGCUCCGGAACACCGACUUGUUGCGUCAAAUCUUGAAGCUCGUAGACGUGUCGGCGCCGUUUCCUAGCGAUCAAGAGUUUUCGGCUAUGUGGCUCAGUGUGCUCGGGCGCAUGGAAUCCAAGGCUGCCGAUACAGAUUGGGACGAACCCGCGAUGGCGGAUUAUCCCACGAAGGCCCCCGCCUCUCCGCCGGCCCCUCGCAGCGACGGCUUCCGAAAACUCCGCAGGCCAAUGGGCAUCACGAAUCUCAUGGUCCACGUGUGCAAUAUCGUCGAGUCCCGCUGCGAGGCCCAUGCGUAUGACCAUAUCCAACAAUCCUUCGCAGCUCCUCUCCCGUGCCUUGACCAGUGGCCGAAGCCACGGUGGGCCAGCCGCGGCGAGAUUCCAGACGGAGACCACGACGAGUUCGACUUUGACCAGCCACCCGAUUUUGACCACGGAGAUUCCGGACGGAAACCACCUGGCCGUUCCACUCGCAUCGGUUUCAACGACAUCGUCGACCAUUUCAGGGAACACGGGGCGGACAAGACAUUCUUGAAGAUUUCCGUGCGUAUGACGUUGGCCGACGGAUCGGAAGCUAUUACGUUGUACGCGAUGCCAAAGUACCAUUUGCGCUUCGCGUGGGAGCGCCCCAGGUGCAUGCGCGCCACGCAGCGCCUGGGCAUGGCGGAAACUGUGGAGGACGUCCGGGCGGCAGCAGGGCAUCCCCAGACAGGCGCGUACGACGUGUUCUACCAUAAGUACCUCCGAGAGAAUUUUGUCACGGUGUGGGGCACUGCCGACGGACAGGCCGUGGACGGACACAAGCAUUUUCUGGAAGGUUGUGGACAGUCCGAGCAUGCAAGGUUCGUCAAGGCGCACAUGACACCGGGAUGGCUUCACCCCGUCGCUCAAGGCCCAAAAUUCAGUCGCCCACAGCCCCCGCGGCCGAAAGCUGCGACAAAGAUGUCGGCGCGCACCAAAGCCAUGCUCCGGCCGCCCGUGCUCGCCCUGCCAGUAGCCGGCCCUCUGCCUGCGGCUUCCGAAGUCCCGCGCGCAGCCCCCAGCGAAGCUCUGGCCACUGGCGCGCCCCCAGAACACCCUCCGCCAGACAGCUCUUGUCCGGUUUCGGCGGGCCCGCGGCCGCAGAACGGCACGUGCGGCACGUGCGUCGCCCGGACAGCGCAAGGCUUUCGGUGUGAAAGGCAGGCCAAGGAGGGGGGGUUCUGCGCGCAGCACGCGAAGGCCGGGGAAUCCAAGCGGGCCCGCGCGCAGCUCGCUGAAUCCUUGAAGGCGGCAGUCGCGCAGGCGAUGGCGGCCCAUCGCCGCGCUUGUGAGGGGGAACAGGAGCGCAGAGACGUCUCCGAGGCUAUCCGGCAAAGCUGGGAGGUCAACAGCGCGGCGCGGAAGCGGUUGGAGCGCAGCCUGGCCACGCUAGCCCCGCGCUUGGAGGAACAUGGCCUUGUGCGUUUGGACACCCCGGCACACGGGAACUGCCAGUUCGACGCCGUGACCCGCACCGCCGGUUUGCAGAUGUCUCACGGGGAACUGCGGCGUGUGGCUUGCGAGCACAUGAAGAAGUUCAGGGACUUGUUCUCGGACCAUCACGUCGGGGACUACGACGCAUACAUCGCGGCAAUGGAGCGCCCUGGCACGUGGGGCGAUCAGCUGACUUUGACAGCCAUCGCCCAUUACUUUCGGCGUCCCAUUUACGUGAUUACGGAUGCCACCCAUCCCACGUACGUCUUAGAAGCAACGCCGCCAUCCACAAUUUCAGAGGAGGCGUGGGGUGAGCCCAUUUGGCUUGUGUAUUACGCGGAGAGGCACUAUGAGGCGACAGCGCCUGUGCCCGCCCCCGCCACGGCCUGA